GUUGUUAUAGUGAUAAAGUGAGGCCUUGCCGCCUUGCGUCUCCGGGAAAGAAGGGGAAGGGAAAAAAAAAAACCAAACCACAAAACAACAAAACCCUUUAGUCCCUCCAGGGAAGGAAGAAAGAAGAAGGGGGGUGGGGGAAGUAUGUGACAAAGAAAACAUUUUCCGCUUGAAAGGAGAACAACAGAAGGGGUAGAGCUGCCGGGAGCAUUCGCUGGCCAUGCCAGUGCUCACCACUGAUGCUGAGUCAGAAACAGGUAUCCCAAAAUCCCUUUCUAAUGAGCUUCCCUCAGAAACCAUGGAGGAAAUAGAGCACACAUGUCCUCAGCCUCGAUUGACCCUGACCGCACCUGCCCCAUUUGCAGAUGAAACCAGCUGCCAGUGCCAAGCCCCCCAUGAAAAAUUGACCAUUGCUCAGGCCCGCUUGGGAACACCAGUUGACAGACCUGUUAGAGUGUAUGCAGAUGGAAUAUUUGAUCUCUUCCACUCUGGCCAUGCCAGAGCACUUAUGCAAGCUAAAACACUGUUUCCCAACAGCUACUUGCUGGUAGGAGUUUGCAGUGAUGACCUCACUCACAAAUUCAAGGGCUUCACCGUAAUGAAUGAAACAGAAAGAUAUGAAGCUCUCAGGCACUGUCGUUAUGUAGAUGAAGUCAUCAGAGAUGCUCCAUGGACGCUCACGCCAGAGUUCCUAGAAAAACACAAGAUUGAUUUUGUGGCCCACGACGACAUUCCAUAUUCCUCUGCUGGUUCUGAUGAUGUUUACAAGCACAUAAAGGAAGCAGGAAUGUUUGUCCCAACUCAGAGAACAGAAGGCAUCUCCACAUCAGACAUCAUCACCAGAAUUGUCCGUGACUACGAUGUUUAUGCCCGACGCAACCUCCAAAGAGGGUACACAGCCAAGGAGCUCAAUGUUAGUUUUAUAAAUGAAAAGAAGUACCGUUUUCAGAACCAAGUAGACAAAAUGAAGGAGAAAGUCAAGAAUGUAGAGGAAAAAUCAAAGGAGUUUGUUUAUAAGGUGGAAGAAAAGAGCCAUGAUUUAAUUCAGAAGUGGGAAGAGAAGUCUCGAGAGUUUAUUGGCAACUUUCUAGAACUCUUUGGACCUGAUGGAGCUUGGAAACAGAUGUUCCAAGAACGCAGUGGACGGAUGCUACAGGCAUUAUCACCAAGACAGAGCCCAACAAGCAGCCCAACGAGGGGUCGGUCUCCUUCCCGUUCCCCCUCUCCUACUUUCCCGUGGCUUCCAAACAAAACCUCUCCCCCUUCUUCCCCUAAAGCAGCCUCAGCCUCCAUCAGCAGCAUGAGUGAGGGGGAUGAGGAUGAGAAGUAAAGCAAUGAUUGUUGGCAAACUGGCUACAAGAACCACAGGGAGGGAUGACUGGACCUUGCACACAGAGGGAUAGAGAGGGUGGGGUGUCAAGAGUGACUGAAGGCAAGUGUCUGAAGUGAGCCCCUUGGAGGUGGAAGGAUCAAGAUGAGACCUGGCAAUCUAAUGGGAGGAGUCUCAGUAACAGCUCUGUUGCCUCAUGUUUCUACACCACCCUCAGGCAUAUGCUUAGCAUGGAGUUUGCCAGUCGCGACUCAGGACUGACCGAACUGUACAAACAGUCAUCGUCACUAUUUUAAUUAUUAUUGUGGGAGGCAGAGAGAACCAGGAAGAAUUUGCACUGAAUAGGGCUAUUUUCUGCUUCUGUUUUUUUGAGCUGACCUAAUGAACAGCCUACUGAGAAGAACAGUGUUUCCCCUCAUCUGCCACUCUAGGCUGUGUUUGGAUUUCCUUGGCUGCCCUAGUAAUCCCAAGGCUCACUAGAGUAAGAGAUGUCCCACCAUUGUGGCAAGAUGCUUCAGAAGUGUUCAAGGAAUAGGAAAAAAGAAAAAGGCCAAGUGGUCUAACUCAACUAUCACUAUCUUUAAUGGGACCUGACCUUGUAGAAGUGUCAACCCUCCAGUGUCGUGAAUAUGGCCCAUUGGAGAGGCUUCACUCUCCAAGCCAAACAACAAGGGUCAUCUAGCAUGAAGCUUCUUUCCUUCCUACCCCCUUACCCCAGAUUACAGUUUUGUUAAGGAUCUUCCCUAUAGGACCUAAAACCUCCUGUUGUGGGGGUUUUUUCUUUCCACAUGCUUGGGAUGCAAUACUCUCCCAGAAGUCACUUUCAGUAUGGAUCUUCUGGUUUGGAAAAUACAAGGGAAGCUAAAAUAUUAAGCAAAAAAAAUGACUUUGAUUUGAUCAAAUCUGAGCUUCUUAGAUACUGAAAAUCUCCUAGAGCAACUGCUUAAAGAAAGUCAUUAGUUCAUCUGUAAUGCCCUGUUCAGAGAGAGGCUGCCUUCCUCCCUACCUGAUCAGGCAUCCUGAUAGACCUCAAGAGAAAUUGUGCUCUCCUUGGGCACAAUGCACAAAUCAGGGCGAGAUGGCUUUGUAUGACCUGUUCUAUGUAUGCACCAUGUACACCAUCCAGGUGUAUCCCAUAUGCAAUAUGAAUAUCGAGGUAUGUGCAUUUUAUAAGCUAUUCCUCUCCUGCUUUCUCCCCUGCCCAUUAGACCCAGCUUAAAUCCUUGGGAUAAAGUGCUGCUUGGUUCCCUAUUGAUUCCGGUCCUUCACUGGCAGAACUGGAAGUCCCUUUGCUGUUUUGAGUCAGAGAAGAUGGCUCUUCCUUCAAAGAAAGGGGAUCAAUUACUUUAACAUUUCUGAGUGGAAGGAUCAAAGGAGAUGGUUUUCCAUGAUACCUUUCUGGGACCUCAGUUGUGAUCUUAACCUUUUAGAUAAUUCAGGUGCUGGUGCUGGCGUAGUUAUAUUCCUGUGCUGGGGGUGUUCAAGUGGGAAGGCAUUCUUUGCACUCCUGUGCUAUCCUCUCCUCAGUGAUGGCCAUUUGGGGAGGUACGCCCUCUGAAACAAUACUCCGUUUUCUUUCUUCCGCACAGCACUAAUGUUAAGGAAGCUAGUGCUUCCUAAAAUUGAUGAUAGGGAAAACAUUUUCAGUCCCAGAUCUUGGGUAGAAAUGGGCUUGCCCUGCUGGCUGCCACUAUAAAAUCAGAGACUGAGUUGGCACACAGAGCAAUGGUCUACACCAGCAGUUUCUCAGAGGAAGUCCAGGGCCUCUUGGGAUGUAGCUCUCACCACAGCUCUUGAGUGUCAACCUUCAAGACAUUGGGGAGAUCCCACCCCUGAAAGAAAAAUAACAUGAUGCCCUCCCUGCCACAAUGGGGUUAAACUACCUCUCUGCCCGCCUGAAGAUAAGUGAGAUUAGAAAGCGAAAUUCUAAGUUAAACCCACAAAGGCCUGCCCACUUGGCCCAGUUCAUACCCACCUUGUCAUCAGCACUGUGCCAUGUUGGUGGGCACCACACACUCAGCCCUCAUGUGGAGCCAAAGGAAUGGGCUUGGUGUGAAAUCCCCCCUUGUAGACCAGGGCAAAGAUCAAAGUGCCACAGACAAGGAAAAAAAUCACAGAGGCUGAGGACUCCCAGGUGCUCCAUCUCCAUCAUGUUACUUGGGGGCUUUCCUUCUGCCUCAUGAAUGAUGCAAGUUGGCCAACCAUGCUGGCUGUCUCAGCUUGUGUGAAGUCUUAGCCAAAGCAAAGAGUUAAGGAGGAGAGCAAGCUGAGAAAGCUCAACUGACAGUGGCAAGAAAGGGAAAGUAAAAGGGGGAAAGAAAUGAAAAUGGGGAAAGGGAAACAGAGAAGAAAAACCAGGCAUGGGAAAGAGCAUACACAAAAGCCUGUUAUCUUGGCUCCAAGGCCAAUGGGGUGGCUACACUUUCCAGAUAAGCUGCCUUACACUGAGUUCUUUUUACUGUUUUAGAGCGAAAGUUUUGCUUUUAGUGACUAAAAUGUUUUAAUAACUAACAAUCCCUGGGAGGGGUUCAAGAGAAAGAGAUACACUUAUUUCUCAGUUCUGUUUUGAAGCAAAUGGUGUUAUAACCACACGGACAUCCUAAGUGACAGGGGCCACAAGGGUGUAUUGGCAGAUUUGGUGCCAAGAUAUGUUUGCCACUUGCAGAAAACAGCAGCUACAUGGCAGAGCCUGGGGAUAGUUAAAAUAGAACCUAAUUUGGAGGUCUGGGGCAAAGGAGAGAAAUACUGUAUUUGGAGUCAGAGAGUCUGUGGUUGAAUCCCAACCCUGUAACUCCCUGAGUGACCUUGGGCAAAUCACUUACCCCCUUUGGGCCUCAGUUUCCCUAUUGACAAAAUGAGCAGAUUAUUUUAAUGUCCUUUCUGAUCCUAAAACUAUGAUGAUCCUAUGAUUCCCCUCAUACUGCCUUCUUUAUUCCAACACCACUGGGGGUGGAGGGGCACCAGUUCAGGAAGGGAGAUUCUGCUGAUCUAAUCCUUCGACCUUAGCUACCCCCAACUAACUCAAGCUCUCACAGGUUGUUUGUGUAAGACCCCUGUUUUCUGAAUCAACGUUUGCUUAGAGUGCCUGAUCUUAUCCUGCCUUAAACAGAGACAGCAAUGAAGAGCCAAGAACAGGUGGCGUGGGAGGAAAGAGGAAAUAAAAUAGAAAACAGGCUGGAAGAAGAAAGAGAGAAGUAGGAGACUAGAAAAACCAGGAAGAAGGAAGAAAUGAAGUGCUUCUUGGCCAGGAGAUGAGAAGAUACAGAUUGAGGGAGGCAGAGGAAGGGGGAGCAUUAUGGAAUACAAGGGCUGUAGGGUAGAAGGGAUAGGCACAGAGUGAUGGGUCAUGAAGAGAGGAGAUGGGGAUGGAGAAGGCAAGUAGAUAAAACAUUAAAAGGUUCAGUAUGUCAUGGGAUAAUGUGGAUAAUAAAUGCUUGUGGAAAAAAAAGCAGGCAAGAAUACAGUGGGGGAUUUUCUAAUGUCGAGUAUAUGGGUGUUUGUGUGGGGAGGGUGUACGCGUGUGUGUGUGUGUGUGUGUGUGUGUGCACGCGCGUGUGUGCCAGUCCACCGACCUCUAGACUUUCCGAGUCCAAGAUUGGUUAGUGUAGUCGCUAUUUGGAAGAAGAUACAUGAACCUUAAGGGGAAUCAUUCACACUAGGUCUUGGCACACAUCCUUUGCAGUCUCACAAAGCAAGCAUUUGCUCUUCCAACAGCUACGGAACAUCAUCCUUUUACUUAGCUUUUCAUGGUUCCGACAGCCAACCCUUUCCUUGUCAGUUGGGAAGCCAAUGGGAGGGCAGCCUUGCCUGCCUUUAUCUUUCACUCACUUAACCCAGGAAUGUCAGAAGGAUUCACAGGUCAGAGGCAAGCUAAUUUCCUUAGUGAAAAGAAGAUGAGAGUUGUGCUUGUGUGGCUGAUGACUGCUCUCUGUAAAACACAGGGGCUGCAGUUAUUAUUCAAUCUUUAUGCCUUAGGUGAAUAGUUACUGUAACUCCAUCCUUUAGCGGGUGGAUGGGACAAGCACCUGGACAACUUCCUCUACAUUUCUAAGACUAUUUUCAGCUGAAUUUCCUGAGCCCAGAUACAAUCAGCUGGGGAUGGCCAUGUUUCCUUAGCAUGAGUUCAAUAUUGGGUCUUGGUUUGAGAAACAGUGACGUUGAGUCCUUUAAAGAAAAAAAAAACUCGGGUCAUUUGCUACUCAUGCCAUUCCCUAGACUUGAGGUUUUCAUCAAGUCACUGUGAUCUACCCAGGGACAAAGCCAUAGGGAGUACAUACACCCAUAUACGCCCCCAUGCGCACACACAUCUAUAUACAUAUACACAUGUAUUGAAUAAAAAUAUGCCAUACUUGAGAUCUUGUCUGGGUUAAUAUCAUACUAAAACCCAAGCAUCUGUCCUGGUGCUGUACACUCUACACCAUUGGAAUCGAAUUCCCUCUGUACUCCUAUUCCCUAAUGGAACACAAAAUCUCCAGAUAGUUUAUAAACAAAUGAAUGCAGAAUUGCACAUUCGGGGCUGUCAUUUUUCUUAAAAGUGUGCUUCUGUGUGUUCAGGCUUAGAGGCCCCAGCUCAAAAUGAUAAAAUAAAUAAAUGAAAAUAGUUGGUAU